AUGGUACUUUAUCCCACGCGAAUGCAACCAGUCGAAAGAGACGAGAUCGAGAUUGGAAGACCGCAUCUCGCUAUUCGAUUAAGUUGUGGACGACAUAGAACAGGAAAUCGGGUUGGGGCGGCACAUUUGAAGCAGACAAGUUUUGUUACAAGAGUGCAUUGCGUGGAGGGUGUAUUAAUCUUACCAUGUGCAAGGAAAAGUCAGCGUUGCAGUACUACGGGGUCUAAGAACAAGCAUGCAUUCUUGUCAAUUUGGUGCCAGGGUAUGUAUCAAACUCUUGAUUUCAUAAUUCCACCAUUCGCCGCUGGGUUAAUUGGUAGAAAAGGGGUAUGGAAGCAACAAGGAAAGAAGUGCAAUGAUUCGGCUUGA